GGGGCGGGCGGCUGUAAACAAACAGGGCGGCGGGCCAUGGCGGCGGCCGCGGGCCGCGCUGGGGGGCUGUGAGCGCCGGUGUCCGCCGGGGCGGGCGGCUUCGGUGCGGUCCCCGUACGGGGGCUGCGGGGCCGGGGCUGGCGGCACACAUGGAUGACAGCAAGGUGGUUGGAGGCAAGGUAAAGAAACCGGGCAAGCGAGGUCGUAAACCAGCCAAAAUAGACUUGAAGGCAAAACUUGAAAGAAGUCGUCAGAGUGCAAGAGAGUGCAGAGCCAGGAAGAAGCUGAGGUACCAGUACCUGGAAGAGCUGGUUUCAAGCAGAGAGCGAGCCAUCUGUGCUCUCAGAGAAGAGCUUGAAAUGUACAAGCAGUGGUGCAUGGCGAUGGACCAAGGGAAAAUCCCCUCUGAAAUAAAAGCCCUGCUAACUGGAGAGGAGCAAGGCAAAGCACAGCAGAACUCAACCAAACUUGCCAAGGCUGGGAAGACAGAAGCAAACAGCAGCAAUCCUUGAGACCAAUGCAGAACCUUCCGCACUGCAGCAGAGAUAGCUUGGUAGCUAGCAGAAGAACACUGUUGUGAGAGAAGUGGAUGCAUCCCCAGAUGCAGGGGGAAGUAUCCCAGUCCGCUGUCUUCUCUUUGCUCCUCCCCACAUGAAACUCUUUGAUUGUGGUGUUCCUAAGCCUGCAUGGAGUGGGGCUUUUGGGGUAAUAGGUGUUUGUCUAAGCGGAGCCUUGUUCUUCCUUUCUCUACACCACCCUCCCCAAAUACAGCUAUGGCAGCUUUUGGGCAUUCCCAAUAAGAGAUGGGGGCUGCUUUUGUGUCAGAGCCCAGAAUUAGACUGGGUUUGUGGUCAGUAGUUAUGUGGCUGGUAACUGUUGUGGGAGUCUGAGAGGUUCUGUAAAAUAAAAGCAAGAGGAGGAUCUUGUAAGAGCUUUGCUAAAGCCAAAUGGAGUACUACAGGUUGAGGACAAGGAAGUGGAUCAAAAGCUUUCAGUAAGAAGGUUUAUAGUAAUGUAAUUUGUAACCUAAAUAAAGAUGUUGCUCUCGGCAUCCUUUUAUAAUACGGCAUGUCUUUUAUGUUAUUGGGACUCUUUAAAAGACCUACGAGAUAUAUUCCCUGCUUCUGCCCAUACUUCUCUUGCAGGAUGCAUUUCCCACCCCCCACGCUCCCAGUAAGACAGUCAAAGCAUGUCCCUCCACCUUGCUUUGAGCAGUGGAACAACUGCCAUCCCAUCCUACCCACUGUGCCCUGCUAUCUAUCUUUCUGUAUCUACCUACCCUUUGCCCCUAGUAUAUUUCUGGACUGCAACUUAAUAUGAAUACAGCUGUGCUAUCCUGGUUUCCCAGCUAAAGAUAAUGCCAAGAACUGGCAGCAAGGAAAACAAGUUGCAUCAGUUUGGUUUUAUGAUCAGAGAGGUGAUGGCAAAAGUCUUGCAGGCUGAUUGACCUAUCCCAGAUAUUGACAGAUAACCUGCUGCUUUCCUUAGACCGCUCUUUCUCCUGUAUAUGCUUUUUGCAUUUAUAUGAUGCAAUGUGGAGAGUGGAGCUCUUGGGAUUUUCAGUGGGAGUUUUGCUUGCUUAUUCUCUGUUUCGUUUGUGACAACGUCUUUCUCUGUAUUUUAUGAAAUGCAUGAAACAUUUUUUAAUCUUAUGUUUUCUUCUUCAUUUCAUAGAAUAAAUAUUAUAAUGAAUGA